UUCCUCCUCUUUCCUGGAUUAAACAUUAUUGCCUUCCCACUUGCUGGGUGCUGUGUGACCUCUGUGGGUUUAGUGCUUCCCCACUAUAAAUGUAAUAUGGAUUAUUUACAGAAUGGAUGGGACUCGAACCCAUGGCAAGCCAGACUUAAAAACUUGCCUUAUGAUAUGCAGAGCUUGACAAACCUCCUGGAGAGCAAAAUGUUGCCACAAUAAAAUGUCACACUCUGAAUAAUGUUUCGGUGGUGUAGAAUAGCAGAGAGAGCGCUUCAGGUGCGUCGGUGCAGUGUAUAUUCUGCGAAGGAGGUAUUUGAUGUGGUGGUGGUGGGAGGUGGUCACGCUGGUACUGAAGCCUGUGCUGCCGCCGCCAGGAUGGGUGCCACUACACUACUCAUCACACACAAAAAAUCCACCAUAGGAGAAAUGUCAUGCAAUCCUUCUUUUGGAGGCAUUGGUAAAGGUCACCUGAUGAAAGAAGUUGAUGCCCUGGAUGGUCUUUGUGGUCGGAUAUGUGAUAUUUCUGGCGUACACUACAAGGUUCUGAAUCGUAGCAAGGGUCCUGCUGUGUGGGGUCUGAGGGCACAAAUAGACCGAGUGCUUUACAAGAGAAACCUUCAGGAAGAGUUGUUUCAGGUUCCUAAUCUUACCAUCAUUGAAGCAUCAGUGGAAGAUCUCAUGUUAAGACAACACUCAGAUGAUCCACAACGAUGUGAGUGCUGGGGAGUGCUGUUAGCUGAUGGACAGGAGGUCAAGUGCCGCAGUGUUGUCAUCACUACGGGAACUUUCUUAAGAGGUGUGAUCAAUAUUGGCUUAGAUGUGAGACCUGCUGGCAGACUUGGGGAUGCACCGGCCAUUGGACUAGCCAACACCUUAGAGAAGCUGCAGUUUAGGCUUGGAAGACUAAAGACAGGUACACCACCGAGGAUAGCCAAAAAUACUAUUGACUACUCUCAGUGUAGCUUUCAAGAGCCAGACAAUCCACCGGUGCCAUUUUCAUUCUUGACUCGACAGGUCUGGAUUAAGCCUGAGGAGCAGUUAUUGUGUUACAUGACACACACGAACCCAGAGGUAGAGAAGAUUGUUAGAGAUACGCUCCAUUUAAAUCGACAUGUUCAGGAGGAGACUAAUGGGCCACGUUACUGCCCUUCCAUUGAAUCGAAGGUUUUAAGUGUUCAUGUCAGAUUUUCAGGUCGUGACCACCAGGUGUGGCUUGAGCCAGAAGGUUUAGACUCUGGUCUGGUGUAUCCUCAAGGUUUGUCCUGUACAAUGCCUCCUGAGUACCAACAAGCCUUGCUCUGCUGCAUACCUGGACUACAGCGCUGUGAAAUGGUUACUCCAGGCUAUGGUGUGGAAUAUGACUACGUUGACCCACGCGAGCUGACCCCCCAGCUGGAGACUAGUCGUAUCUCCAGCCUCUUCCUGGCUGGACAGAUCAAUGGAACCACUGGUUAUGAGGAAGCUGCAGCACAAGGAAUUGUGGCUGGGAUAAAUGCUGCUGCGAAGGCUUUGAAUAAGGAGAGCUUCACUGUGGACCGGACUGAGGGUUACAUCGGUGUCUUGAUUGAUGAUCUCAGUACUCAGGGCACAUCAGAGCCUUACCGCAUGUUUACUUCACGUGCAGAGUUUAGACUGCAACUUAGGCCAGACAAUGCUGAUCUUCGACUUACAGAAAAGGGUUACCACAUUGGAUGUGUAUCUGAGGAACGGUAUAAUCAGUUAGUGCAGACAAGACGCCAUCUUUCAGAAGGACUUCAGCUACUCCGGGAUGAUGUGCGAAGCUUCAAGUCCUGGAAGAUGCUUGUUAAUAAAAAGGAAACAAAAUCCACUAGUCACAAAAGUGCUUUACAGUUUCUUGGAAUGCAUUACUGGAAUGUGACAGUUGAGGAUCUAGCGAAGGUCGACACAAGAUACGAACCAUUUACCAAAGUGCCGGGGAUAGCAGAAAGGUUGAAAGUUGAAGCGACUUAUUCCGAUUUAGUAGUUGCCCAGAGUGAGGCUGUGGAGGCUGUGCGCAGAGAUCAUGCUCUGGUAAUUCCUCACAAUAUCGACUACUAUAGUCCAUCUAUCAGCAUGUCAAAUGAGAUGCGCACCAAGUUCUCUCAGGUUCGACCCACUACGAUAGCAUCAGCGACUCGUAUAGAAGGCAUAACACCAGCAGCAAUAAUGAACUUGCUGCAGUAUGUGAAAAGAAGAGAUCAGGAAUAUUCUGAACUUCCAUAGUUAUUUGUCAUCUUAAUGCAGGUUCAAUCAUUGUACUACAAAGGAUGGUUGAUGAAGCUGUAUUUCGAAGUCAUGUGAAUUAUAUUUAUGCACUUCUGGCAAGACAGCUAGAGAAAGAGUAAUGGUGACUGUUUACAGCUCUGAGCCAGUGCCUUGGAAGUGGAAUUUAAUCAGGUUUGAUCCAAGGAAACGGAGGGUAGAUUCAGUUGCAAGGAUCAAGAUAAUCGCUAGGUUCACACAAUGAAUCCAUCAUAAUUUAGACUUGCAGUAUUAAUUUUAUUUAAACAUUUUAUUAUUUUAUUAUUUUAUUAUUUUAUUAUUAUUUUAUUAUUUUAUUGAAGGAGGGGUGUUAAUGUUGC